CGAUACCACUUUGGGAUUAUAGCAAUUUUCUAUAUCAACAGGAGAAAAGUGAAUCGAAAAGGAGGACAAACUUGCAGGACUAACUAGCUGCUACGGAUUGACUGGAGGAUUAAAGGCAGAGGGGAGAGAAGGAAGGCAGAACGGAUAAACCAAACACAAUUUGAAGAGAUCAAUUUGAACAACUGAAUAGACUUUUGUUUCUGUCCAUCUGCUGCCAGGCUCCAGACCUGAGUUUGCGGUGCACGCCAACACAGAGUAAUUUUCUCAGCAUCAGGCAGUUGACCGCUGAAGUCGCCGCCGUAGGGGAGAUUGGCGAUGAUCCGCUUUCGGCUUUGCCAGAAGUGUCAGGGCCUUUGCCGUUAGAGCUCAUUGUGCUUGCAGUGCAACAGAGAGUGAGAGGGAGCGGGCAGUGUGUAGUAAUCUGAGGAUGACACCCGCACUUUAUUCCAUCAGAUAGUGCUCAGUGAGGUGUGUGGUGCAGCUUGUCUCGCUUUGUCUUUGCACUACAAACACAUUCAUACAUAUUAAACACACAUACUUACACAUACAAGCACACAAGAGCUACACAGAGGUUGAUGAUGCAUUAGGUCCUGACAAUCAGUGGACUUCUGCCCGAACAUUGAACACAGCAGCAUUUCAGAACGGUGUGUAUGAGUGAGUGUGUAUCUGGAGGGAAACCAGGGGCUGACUGCACCCAGUGUAGCAUGUUGAAAAGGGAGAGUUAGGCCAGUCGAUGCUGCACGAUUACACUGUCUGAUAGCCUGUGAUUAUUCUGUGGAGUCUGAAAUUACCAUGUAAAAAUCACUGUCCAUUUACGCAACAGUGUAUACAUGAUAGCGUAUCAAAAGAGUGCUAGCAUUCAAGGGAAUAAUGGUAGCUACUGUGUGGGAAUAAUGUGCAAGUCUCUGGGGUAAAAUAGCAGACCAAAAAAAGUGUAAUCUGAAACUCUGACUUCAGUCUGCUCCACAUUGUACAAGUUGGUUUUUCCACACAGGGCAAGCACUUCCACUUUCUUUCUUUAUAGUGCACCACUCCAGUUCAAUGGAUUUUAUUUAACCUUAGCUAUCUCCUGAUGAGUUGCAAGAUAUGUAUCCACCUCUCCAGAGACCAGGCUGGUUGGGUUGUAGCUCAAAGGAACAUUGACUCAUGUCUGCCGAUUUGUGUGGUGUGGAGUGCAGGAACCCUUGUUUGACUCAUUAAAAUACAAUCUGUUGUAGAACGAGCAUUGUUGCCCUAGAUUUUGAUGAUCUCGAGGGCACAGAAAUGUAGGUAGCUCUAUUUUUAAAAGUAAGCAUUCAAUCAACAUCAGUCGAGAUAAACUUGACUUGCUUUGGAAUACUGUUUCUCAGUCUCUAUGUGACUAAAAUAUAGUAUUAUUGACGUUCUCUGGUUCUUGGAGCGGUGAAGUAUGACCUACAGGAGACAAGCAGUUGGUUGUUGUGGUUACAUUUUUGGCUGAUAGGGAGCCUGGUCCUCAGAGCUAGCUUAGCUUUAAAUUGGCACUACAGUGUACAGUGGGGAUGAGCUAAUUAAGUUGACCCUAGUUUGGCUAAUUGCACAGCUGCCAUUACUAAAAAGCCUUGCUGGUAAAGAACACAAUAGUGUAGGUCUCCUUUGGUCACUUUUGGUAUUGGUUUUUCUGCUUUAUUGAUCUAAGAAGCUUGGGUUUUGGUCUCAGGAGGCUUGGAGCACUGUAGUAGAAAAUAGCUAGCCUAGCAGUGUUUGCUUUGUUGUUGUUGUGCUUAGAUGGGACUGGGCUCCUGUUCUUCCUUGUAGCAGCAAGGCCUUUACACUGUAUGGAUUUAAGACAAACACAUUUUGUUAGUUCUUUCUUAGCAGCACAGGGGGCAAAAGUCGACACUUGAACUUUUUUGUUGCUAAAAGCUUAUCUCUGUGCGCAUUGUGAUUUGAAUUGCUAGUUCUUUUAGCACCUUGAGCUCUGGCCAAACUUCGGUGUGUUGCGUGCAAGCCGUGGCCAUAAUUCAGUGAUUUAGCAGCUCCAACAGUUUCUUUUGCAUGCAUUGUGAUGCAGUGUAGCACAUAAGUGUCCUUUCUAAGUCUUGUCCUCAAACAACAACUUCUGUCUGAUUGCUCUAAAGCAUAGCUGGGCUGUUAGCGUGCACGUGUCUGCAGCAUUGCAGGGGAGGAACAGAUCAGAGUGUGUGUGUUGACUCGAUUUUUUUUCUGUAGCAGUGCAAGCUAGGUCACAGAGGAGCCAUUGAUCAAACGUGCACAUCUAAACACACACACAUACACAAAUACCCACACACACAGCUUCUCAAUACACAAUGAGGCCUGUCCGGAGCUGUGUCCUCUGCCGCCUCCUCCCUGCCCCCUUCUCUCUGGCCCUGCGCAGCCUAGUCCUGGUCCUCCUCUGCAUCACUCCUCGUUGUCAGGCGGUGCAGGCCGAGAAUGUGACAGUCUUGGAGGGCGGUACGGCCCAGAUCUCCUGCCGCCUGCAGAACUACGAUGGAUCAAUCGUGGUCAUCCAGAAUCCCCGCCGGCAGACCCUCUUCUUUAACGGCACGCGAGCCCUGAAGGACGACCGUUUCCAGAUGGUGCUCUUCACGCAGCGGCUGGUGCGCAUCGAGUUGACCAACGUCAGCGUGUCGGACGAGGGCGGUUACUUCUGCCAGCUCUACACCGACGCCACACACCAUCAGGUGGCGACGCUCUCUGUUUCAGUUCCCCCUGAGAUACCUACUGUGGAGGUGAAGCAGGAGGCCGUGGAGGGAGGGGAGGUGGAGCUCACCUGUGUGUCGCCGCGCAGCAAGCCGGCCGCCACCCUGCGCUGGAUUCGCAACGCCCGGGAGAUUCCAGGUGUGAUGUCCCAGCAGGACAAUGGGAAGACGUUCAGCGUGUCCAGCACCAUCCGGAUCCCAGUAGAAAGGAAAGACAACGGGGCAGCGCUGAGCUGCGAGGCGUUCCACCCGGCGUUGGGCGGGCAGAAGAGGAUUCGACACUACCGCCUGGAUGUGUAUUUUGCACCCACAGUGAGAAUUGUUCCUCCUACGGGAAUUCUGCGAGAGGGCGACUCGCUUAGCCUCACCUGCUCCGUGACUGGGAACCCCCUGCCGAGAAACAUCCAGUGGUCAAAGAUUAACGACACCUUACCUGAGAGGGCGGAGAUUUCUGGCCCCACCUUCCAGAUCUCCCGCCUCAGCCAAUCACACAACGGGACAUACCUGUGCCAGGCCCAGAACAACUACGGACGCGCUGCUGAUCAUUACACCUUAUUGGUGUAUGAUAAUGUGUCAGUCACUACCACGGUCCCUCCCACUCCUACCACCCAACCAAUCACCUCCCAUCCUGCCACCCCAACCCUCCUAAUACCCAGAUUCGCCCCGGACCCCAAAGAUCCUGGUGCAGUUGUGGAGACUCACAGCGCAGUACCGUAUGCAGUGAUAGGUGGUGUCCUGGCACUGCUGGUGUUCACCGUCAUCUGCGUCCUCAUUGUCACCAUCUGGUGCUCUGUCCGGCAGAAAGGUUCCUAUCUUACCCAUGAGGCCAGUGGGUUGGAUGAACACGGCGAGGUGCAGGAGGCCUUCCUCAACGGGAACGACGCCAGCCAGGGCAAGAAGGAGUACCUACUGUAGCCCUUCUCCGUCCUUUACCCCCCCCCCCCUCCUCUCUCUCUCUCUCUUCUGACCUCAUCCCCUAGAUCUCUCCUUGUCCCUGUCACCCACCUUAUAUACAGUAUACAAACACACACACACACACACACACACACACACACACACACACACACACGAACAUACACCUCUACACAAUGCGCCAGAACAGGCGGCCUUUCUGAAAACGACUGUAUACAGAUACUGCACACAGCCAAUCCAAUCCACCAAUCCAUUUCACUUAAUAUCCUCCACACACACACACACACACAUACACACACACACACACACACACACACACACACACACACACCCACAGACUGAGUAAAAGAGAGCCUAUAGACCCACCAGCCAUUAACGACUGUGCCAUAUAUACUGUUAGUCGGACAAACUGGGAAACGGGAGAGCAGGGAGGUAGGAGGGGAGGGCAAGGUAAAUGCAGACACAUGCAACAACAACAACAACAACAACAACAACAACAAAAACACAUAAAAAUGACGCCAUAAUUAUUUUGAAGCGGGGGAAGCACAAAGAAAACAGGCACUCUGCUUGUGCAGCCGCCAAAGUGGAAGGGGAAUUAGAGGCAGAUGACUGCUAUAAUUCCACGCCUGGAGAAAACCAUCCAUUGCACAAAGCUCAAUCUUUAACAGGCGCAUGCAGAGGCAGCAGCGUGCGAGGGAAGGAGGGAGGGGGAGCUGAUGAGUUGACCAGGAGCUAUUGAGCGCUAGAUGCUAGAAAAUUUAAAUAUUUUCAGAAUUGCCAAAGCAUCUUCCCCACAGAGCAGAACUUAUAUUUAGUUCUUUACCAACACCGGGGUGUGUAAGUGUGAAGACCAGAGGAGUUUUGAACUUUUUAUGGACUGACUGAAUGUCCUGUUUUGCUAAGCAUACUGCUUUUUCCUGCCAAUAGUCUGUACAAAAGAAAAAUCAGCUUUCUUCCCUCUAGCUGCAAAAGCUGCAAAAAAGUUUGCUCUCCUAUCUUUUAAUUGGCCCUCCUCCCUCCCCGCUCACCUGUUACCAUCCUCUCCCCUCUCCCCUAUACCUCUCUUUCUCUCCGUCUUUCCCCCUCCCUCUCUCCAUGGCUCCUCCUUUUGUUGGACCUGAAUAAUGAAAGGAUUAGUGUUGGGCUGCGUUCCUGACAAAGGAGAAAUGAAUACGACUUGCCAAGGCAUUAAAGAAAAGCUUAAUUAUUUUAGAAUGUCAUUAAGAGGAUCAAAAGGUUGAAAAAGUCUUCAUAAGAAGGGCAAAGGGAGUGAUAGCGGAAAAAAAGGGAGCGAGUGAGAGAAUAAAACGGACGGACACUUUUUUUUCCUAAAGCCACCACACACAUGCAGAUACAUGCACACAUCCAUACGUACAGUCAACAUGUCCACAGAACAAGUAUACAUAUCUCUGAAGUCCUUAUUUGUAUAAAAAAUGAACAGUGACAUAAAUUAAAGGAAACUUUUAAAGAAAUAUGAGAACAGUUUACUAUUGAAACACAUUAUGAAACAACUAUACUAACACAGAAUAUUAGCCUAUAGAGGCGCAAAGCCGAACAAACUACUGUCCAGUGAUCUUUAAAGAAAAAUAAAGAAAAGAAUAAAAAAAAAAAAUCAUUUGUCUUUAUGAGAAACCAGAGGUCUUAUUGAUUUUUUAAAAAUAAUUAUUGUUAUUAUUUGAACAAUUAUGAUUGUUGUUAAUGUUAUUAUUAUUAUUGCCGUUGUUAUUAUUAAAAUUGUAAAUGUUAAAGAAAUGUACACUUUCUAUGGUUUUGUUUUUUGGUUCUACUGUAGAGAAAUUGCUGUCUUUUUUCACUCUUAACUUUCCUCUCUCUCUCUCUCUCUCUCUCUCUCUCUCUCUCUCUCUGUCUCUCUCUCUCUCUUCGUCUCCUGUGCCUAGUCGUCUCUUCUCCUGUCUUUCACUCUUGUUUAUUUUAGUCCAUGUGUCAUUGUUGAUAUAUAGCUAACUAUUUCUUUAUAGGGGAAAGAUACAAAGCACGACAAAAUAAAAAAGAUCCAAAAAUAA